AUGGCGAUAUUUCGGCGUUUUGGUCCUGCUAUAACAGUACCUCGAACGGGUCAGCUUGUUCGUUCCUGGUGUGGUCAACUUGGCCAUUUUCAAGCUGGCACAUUGGAGUGCACGCGACUUGCUCUUACGAGGCCUGUGCAACAUCGCGGCAUCUCAAGCACCCAAGCCACCCCACGCAUUCAUGUCCUGGGCCUAGGAAGUGUCGGCACUUUCACAGCCCACUCGCUUGCUGAGAUACCUGCAAGACCAGCGGUAAAUCUACUGCUCCAUCGUCCCUCUCUUGUGCAAGACUAUGUGCAAAAUGGAAACAGGAUCCGAUUGAAGACGCACCAAGGCCAGAAUGUAGCUCAGACGGGCUAUGACUUGGAGGUGUUGCACGGUAAAACCUGGCACUUGAUGCAGGAUUCGCGCACGUAUGGGACUGCUGAAAUAUUGCAGUCAAUAGGAACCCCAAUCGAUGAGAACAUCGGGGACCUUGUCGUGUGCGUCAAGUCUACCCAGACGGUUGCAGCCCUACGGCCUCUUCUACCCAGACUUUCGCGCGAGUCCAACGUCAUGUUUCUGCAGAAUGGCGCAGGCAUGAUCGAAGACGCAAACACAUUCCUUUGGCCUGAUCCGCAUGUGCGACCAAAUUACGUUACGGGAGUGAUAUCGCACGGCAUCACUCUGAACCGACCCUUCGAUAUCACUCACACGGGGCCUGCAGCUACAUCAGUAGGACCAGUCCCUCGAGAAGAUGGCGACACAGCUCAACCGCUUUCGCGGCUGCUAGACAUUCUACCUCUUGCGCACCGUCUGAAAUGUCAGGCUUAUUCAUGGCCCACUAUACUUCAGGUCCAACUAGAGAAGCUCGCCUGCAACGCGCUCAGCAACCCUAUCUGUGCACUCGAAGACGCAGUGACUGCCUACAUCCUCAGCAUUCCAGAAACCAACAUGAGACUCAUGCAGGAAAUCUCAUCCGUCAUCCUCGCUCUGCCUGAACUACAGGGUGUGGAGGGUGUGAAGGAGAGAUUUUCGGCGAAAUCUUUGCACCACACGGUAAUGGAUAUCAUCAAGAAGAAUAGAGCAACUACGGUGAGUAUGGUAUGGGACAUGAGAAACAGACGAGAGACGGAAAUCAGAUACAUCAACGGGUACUGGGCCAGACGUGGAAGGGAAGUGGGUGUAAGAACACCAUUGAAUGACGAGCUGGUGGAGAGAGUUCAGGAAAUGACUGCAGAUAAGCUGCGGGGAGCUGGGUCGUGA